AUGAUUAUAGACCCACACGACGUUUCUGAUCCAUUUAGUGACGACCUCUCCGCUGUUGAGCAUCUUCCUGAUUACGCAUCCGAGACUGCGACAAUAUCAUCCUCUUCUCGGCCUCCUCGAUACAUCCAUAUUGAACGCCCAACACAGCCUCUAAUAUACUCUUUCGUGUCAUGGAACUCUAGUUCGAUGAUGCUGGUGCCGCCAAGGACCAUUGACCCAGGUCGUGGUGCAAUCUAUUUCAUAUCCGUGAAACUUGACCUCAAGCCGUUCGCGCCACUAUCAUACAUCACUUCUGUCCAUAGAGGGUCUGAUGAAAAUGGAGAACUUGUUGGAGAAUUCGAACUCGGGAUCACUCAUACGCGUGCUACCGUUACAAUAGGUCAUUAUGCGACGAGAUUGAAGAACGUCCUCCAGCAUGAUGGUCGUUCAUCACGAAAGUUUACUUGGCGACACGGCUCCAUUGACCUCCGUUGGAAUUGUUCUACUACACUUGACGAUGGAUCACCCAUGUGCAUUUGUUCGGAUUCUGCUUCUCAUCAGCUCGCGUCAUUUGUUCCGCCUCCUUUAGACGCAUCUCCGCCGCUUCCUGAAGCAACAUUGACAGUCUUUCCAGAUGGCCACCGGCUGUUUGAUCAUAUCCUUCUAUCUGCUCUUGUAGUAGAACGAAAGAUGACUUUAUCCGGAUGA